GUGAUUUUGACAUAUAAUAUGUCGACGUUUUCAAGACCUUGCAAAGUGAACUGAUAAUAAAUACAAAACAAAUGGUUAAACUCUUCAUUUCUGUGACAAAUUAUUAUUAAAUAACGUUUGAAAUAAAAGGCAAUCCAAAAAAGGUCAAAGUAUCAAAAUGAAAUUUGGUCCUCUUGUGGGUUCCAUUGAUGAAGGAACUUCUUCUGCUCGAUUUAUACUUUUUAAAGCAGGUACAGAUGAAAUAGUUUGUUACCACCAACUAAAUGUACCAAGUAUUUAUCCAAAGGAGGGAUGGGUUGAACAAGAUCCAGUGCUAAUAAUAGAUAUAGUGGAAAAGUGCAUUGAAGGAGCCUUACAAAAAUUAAAGUCAUUAGGAGGAGAUAUUAAAGAUAUAAAAGCAAUUGGAAUUACAAAUCAAAGAGAGAGUACUGUCGUGUGGGACAAAAACACUGGAAAGCCAUAUCAUAAUGCCAUAAUAUGGUUAGACAUGCGAACAUCAUCCACUGUAGAUUAUCUGUUACAAAAAAUUCCAAAUCAUUCCAAGAACAUUAAUUAUUUAAAACCAUUGUGUGGUCUUCCUUUAUCUCCCUAUUUCUCAGCGUUAAAACUACGCUGGUUAAAAGAUAAUGUCCCAAGAGUAAGUCAAGCAAUGGAUCUUGGCAAUCUAUUAUUUGGUACUAUAGAUUCUUGGUUAAUUUGGAAUCUUACAGGAGGAACAAAAGGGGGAGUUCACAUAACUGAUGUAACUAACGCCUCUCGCACUAUGUUGAUGAAUAUAGAAACACUGGAAUGGGAUAAACAUUUGUUAAAAUUUUUCGAACUUCCUAUUAAUAUAUUACCGGAUAUAAGAUCUAGUUCAGAAAUUUAUGGUUACAUAAAAUUAAACUCUUUAUCCGAUAUUCCCAUAUGUGGUUGUCUUGGUGAUCAACAAGCUGCGUUAAUAGGACAAUCUUGUUUUCAAAGCGGCCAAGCCAAAGCUACUUAUGGCACAGGAUGUUUUUUAUUGUAUAAUACCGGAAACGCUAUUAUUAAUUCACAAUGUGGUCUUUUAACCACGGUUGGGUAUCAAUUGGGAAAAGACGCAAACCCAGUUUAUGCUCUAGAAGGGAGCGUCGCUAUAGCAGGUGCUGCUUUUGGAUGGCUGAAAGACAAUAUGUCAUUAAUUGAAGAUUUAAACGAUAUUGAAGCUUUAGCUGAAGAAGCUAAUGAUUCAAACGAUGUGUAUUUUGUUCCAGCUUUCAGUGGGUUAUAUGCCCCUUAUUGGGAUCAAGAAGCUAGAGGUAUAAUAGUAGGAUUAACAGAAGAUGUUCACAAAGAGCAUAUUGUACGCGCCACUAUUGAAGCUGUUUGUUUUCAAGUUCGAGAUAUACUGGAAGCAAUGAAGAAAGAUUGUGGGAUCCCUAUUACCAAAUUGAAAGUGGAUGGAGGUGUAACCACUAAUAAAUUACUUUUACAAAUUCAAGCUGACUUAAUUGGAUUUGAGGUAGUAUCUGCUAGUAUACGCGAAACAACCGCAUUAGGUGUUGCUCUAGCUGCAUAUAGAGCAAUUACUGGAGACAAAAAACUAGAUUUAAAGUCAUCAGUAUCCAAUCAAGCAAGCUUUAAACCAAAAACUAAUGAAAAUGAAAGAGAUAUGCGUUAUUCAAAAUGGAAAAUGGCAAUUGAGCGUUCCUUAGGUUGGGACACAUCUAAACCAGAUGGAAGUCGUUUAAUUAUUUAACUUAAAAAUACAUUCUAAAAAAAAAUACUUACUUGAAUUACUUUUACUAAUUCAAAGUAUAGUUUCUCAGGACUAGCAAGUUCUUAAUGAAACGGAAUUUUUAAUGUUGUUUUUCAAUUUAUAGCGUUGUUAUAUUAUAAAAAAAAAAUAAUUUUCAUUACAAAUAUGUUAUUUUUUUAAUUAGUUUACAUUAUUGAAGAAAUAUAAAUAUUUGAUAGACAAACAUAA